AUGAUCACACGUGGUCCACAUCCGGUUCGAAUAGUUGAUGUGGUUGAGGACGUGGAUCACUCUUUUGAGCUAAACGUCCCUGCACUCGAAAAGAUUCUACUGCAUCCAAAAGUUGCUGAUAAAAAGGUGGCAAUAAUUGGUGUUGCGGGUGCGUACAGGAUGGGCAAAUCUUUCCUCUUGAAUUUCUUCCUCCGGUAUUUACAGUGGCGUGCAGAUGAAUCUGCAGAUUCAUUGAAGGGAUUUUCAUGGCGGGGCGGUAGCAAACGAGACACUAAUGGAAUCCUUAUCUGGAGUGAGCCUUUCAUAAUGAGGGACAAAAACGGCGAAGAGAUUGCCGUCAUUCUCAUGGAUACUCAAGGUACUUUUGACUCUCAGAGUACGGUGAAAGAUUGUGCAACAAUUUUCGCACUCUCCACAAUGGUUUCUUCAAUGCAGAUUUAUAAUAUUCUGCACAAUAUUCAAGAAGACCAUCUGCAGCACUUGCAAAUGUUCACAGAAUAUGGCCGCUUAGCAUUAGAGGACAAUGAAAGCAAGCCGUUUCAGUCGUUGCAAUUUCUUGUUCGUGACUGGUCUUUCCCAUACGAAGCCGAAUUCGGUUAUCAAGGAGGGCAGCGCAUACUAGAUGAACGGUUGCAAGUUUCGAAGCAACAUCCUGAACUUCAACAGCUUCGGCAGCAUAUACGGAGUUGUUUCGAAAAUAUAUCUUGUUUCUUAAUGCCUUACCCUGGCAUUAAAGUUGCUACGAAUCCAGAUUUCAACGGUUCUUUAGCUGACAUCGAUCCUGAAUUUCAACAACAGUUACGGGUGAUGGUGCCACGCAUUCUUGAUUCGCGAAAUUUGGCUGUGAAGGAGAUAAACGGACAUAAAGUGACAUGUAGAGAACUUGUCGAGUAUUUUAAGACAAUCCUUAUAAUUUCAGUCGCAACAGCUGAGGCGAACAACUUAGCUGCAGUUGCUAGUGCUCGAGCUCUCUAUCAAAGGGAGAUGGAAGAGAUCUGUGGUGGAGAUACUCCAUAUAUGAGCACCAGUGAGUUACUUGAACAACAUCAACUGUGCAAAAAUGACGCAAUACGCGAAUUUCGGAACGCUCGCAAGAUGGGUGGAGUAGAAUACAGUAUACAGUUCUUGGAUAAACUUGAUGAAGAGAGUUAUGAAUCCUAUCUGAAGAUGAAUAAUGGAAAGAAUUUGUUCAAAUCUAUGCGAACACCUGCUGUUCUUGUUUCGUUAAUGAUAGUCGACUAUAUAUGCCAGGAAUUCUGUCAAAUGAUUGGACUAGACUUCCUCGCUGGGCUUUUUUCAUCAGUACUUGUAAUUGUGAUUGGCGCGCUGACUGUGUGGGCGUAUGCACGGUAUUCGGGAACCUUGCGUGAAGCCAGUGGAUGGGUGGAUGAUGCUGUCACCUUCUUGUGGACAAAUUUCAUCUCACCGAAUACUGGACAGCUUGGAGCCCUUGGAGGUGCAAUACAACUUGGAGAGAAAAAUCAUACCUCAACGUUCGAUCACAUAAUCUGUGGAAUUCAUACCCCUGAAACCAUUCAGUCAUUACAUUUUCCCUGA